UCUCCUUGAGGUCAGCUGUAAAUACUGGAGUAUUCCCACCAGUCUACAGGUGAAGACGAGCAUCAGACCAUCAGGAAGAAGAGAAAUCUGCAAAGACAGAGUUUAUUGAAGGACAGUGAGAAGAUGAGUGAUCCAGAACCCUGCAGAAUUAAACAGGAAGAGACUGAAGAACUAAUAGGUGUGAUGGUGAAGGAGGAGAGUGAAGAUGAGGAGAAACAUCAUGUCAAAAGUGAAGAAAACACUCAAUCAGAGACUGAACACAGUAUUUUAAUAAAAAUACCAGCUGUAAAAGGUUUGACCUGCACUCAGUGUGGAAAGAGUUUCAAGAACAAACACACUCUGAAGAGUCAUAUAAAGACUCACACUGGAGAGAAACCGUAUCACUGCACUGAUUGUGGGAAGAGUUUCGCAGGUUUAUCUUCUCUACGAAGACACAGAAAAAAGUAUCACAACCUCAUGGUGAAGGAGGAGGAGAGCGAAGCCAUGAAGGCCCAUCCAUGCUCUUUGUGUGGAAAGAGGUUUGAUUAUCAGUCGCAUUUAAGACUACAUCAGAUGACUCACACUGGAAAGAAACCACACGCAUGUGUUGAGUGUGGGAAGAGUUUCGCACAGUUAUCAAACCUUAAUUCACACAUGCUGAUUCACUCUGGAGAGAAAACCCACACAUGUGAUCAAUGCGGCAAAGCAUUUCUCAGGCCUUCAGAGCUGAAGAAACAUCUUACAAGUCAUUCAAACGAGAAGCCUUAUUCAUGUUCAAUAUGUAGAAAGAGAUUUACAUAUAAACAUAACCUAAGAGAACAUGAACUGAUCCACACUGGUGUGAGAGAGCAUGUGUGCCUUAAAUGCGAGAAGACUUUCAUUACAGCUGGAAAACUGAAAAGCCACCAGAGGAUUCACACUGGAGAGAAACCGUACAAGUGUUCACACUGCGACAAGAGAUUUCGUAGGUCAGAAUGCCGGAAAGCACAUGAGAGGAUUCACACUGGAGAGAGACCGUACACAUGUGCUGAGUGUGGGAGGAGUUUCACACAAUUUUCGCAUCUUUAUAAACACAAGCUGAUCCACACCGGAGAGAAAACACACAAGUGUGAUCAAUGCGGCAAAGCAUUCUUGAGGUCUUCAGAGCUGAAGAGCCAUCUUAAAAUUCAUACAAAUGUAAAGCCGUAUUCAUGUUCUACGUGUGGGAAGUCGUUUAGUAGAGUUGGAGACUUAAAACAACAUCAGGUGAUUCACACUGAAGAGAAACCGUACAAGUGUUCACACUGCGACAGGAGAUUCAGUCUGUUACAAAUCCUGAAAACACAUGAGCGGACUCACACUGGAGAGAGACCGUACACAUGUACUCGGUGUGGGAAGAGCUUUACUCGGGUUUCAUACAUUCAUAAACACAUGAAGAUCCACACUGGAGAGAAUGCCGCAAUCGCACUGCGAGUCACAUGACAAGAACUGACCAAUCAGCUUCCUACUUUGUAUGGAAUAUGCACUGUUUUUUUUUCAACUGGCAUUAAAAGCUUUUAGACCAGGCAUGUCCAAACUCGGUCCUGGAGGGCCGGUGUUCUGCAAAGUUUAGUUCCAACCCCAAUCAGACACAGCUGGGCUAGCUUAUCAAGCUCUUUCUAGUCUUGUGUUGAGGCAAGUUGGAGCUAAAACUGCAGGACACCGGCCCUCCAGGACCGAGUCAUUUUGGUCAUGAAGAUACAAGAAAGACAUCCUUCAAAACAGUAACUGUCUAUUUUUUUAUUUGUGGUCUUACAUCCCGUGAUUUUUUCAAUUUUGGUUUCUAUAUUCAGGGAUGUGAUUCAGAUUUCCGUAUUUUUCGAGCUUAAGGGGGUGACCCCUGUGAUUUGUGCAAAAAGAAGGUUUUUUUCUUGGGGGGGGGGGUCCAUUGUCAUUGAAGCAGACGAGCUGAUGGUUUGCCUCUUCAGGGCGCACUCACACUAUGCUAUCUGAACCAUGCCCAGGCCUGUUUCCCGGAUCGUUAUGAGAAGUGUGAGUGCUCUAAAUCGGGCUCAGGCGCGGUUCAUUUGGCCGACCCUGGCCCGGUUGGAAGAGGUGUGCCAGAGCGCGGUUCACUUAGGCUCAGGUGCUAUGCUAGUGUGAGUGCAAAGCAUGCCUGAGCCCAAAUCUGAAGACGAGGCGUGACUUUUAAGGGACUGUUUCAUAUAGAUUUUUUAAUUAUUCUUACUGUUCAGUGAACACAAACUGUCAUAGUUUAUUAAAGACACAAACCCCUAACUGCACGACAGCUGCACCUUCAGCAAACCUCCUAAUUCCUGCAGGACGAGGACUUUAUUGUCGUUUAUGAGCGUCAAAAGUGGCGGAUCUGUUCGGCGAAAUAUUUCACUGCGUGUCACUUCAUCCCAAACCACAACAUAGCUAAAGUUAUGAGAGGAUAGUAUACAUAUUAUUACAUUAAUAAACUAACGAUUGCCUGAUGGCGAUUAGAAAUUUGACAAAGAUUGUGUUGUCUGAUGAUUCUGGCUCUGGAAGCAGUACUCUCCCCUCUGCAUUUGUUCGUUCCUAUUUAUUUUAGUUUUACCUCUAGAUUUUUGUAGGAACGUAACAGUGGAUACUCCCGAAAACAACACAACCUUGCCAGAAUAAUGAAUGAAUCUCAGAACAAAGUCCACCUGUCCUACUGAUUUGCUAUAUGUUUUGCUGACAGCUCAUGUUAGAAUAUUGAUGCAUCUUUAUUUUACACCUUUAAAGACGUUGCUGAGUGAGUUAUGUGAAGUUGCAUCUCAGACUGUUAAUCUGAGGAUGAUUUCACACCCGCUAACAUGAGCACCAUGUAUCAUGCUCCGCCACAGUCCAAAAACACACGGUAAAGGUGAAUUGUAAGUUAAAUUGUCUGUAGUGUGUUUGAAUGAGUGUGUGUGGAUGUUUCCCAGUGAUGGGUUGCAGCUGGAAGGGCAUCCGCUGCGUAAAACAUGCUGGAUAAGUUGGCGGUUCAUUCCGCUGUGGCGACCCCUGAUUAAUAUAGGGGACUAAUUAAUCUAAUCGAGAUCAUGACAAAAUAAGAGGGAAUAAUUAUUUUAAUGCAUGGCCUCUUAAGGACUUCUGCACCAAACCUAUACAAGCAUAAAUUCACAAAAAUGUGCAUUUACUGUUCCUGUUUAAUGAGGCAUCACGUCUUUACACUGAAUUCUGAGCAGACACAGACCUGCAUUAGGGCCAUCUGUGUUUUUUCCCCCCAAUAGUGUUUUAACAAUACAAUCAUAUUAACCAUAACAGUGGAUGGCAUCAAGUAUAAUCAUAAACAAGAAUAAAUAAUAAUAAUAUUAAAAAAGAUAUUACAAAAAACAGGGUACAGAGGCAAACUAUCAAAUAAUAUGUACAAAAGCCUUAUAAAAUUUCAGUUUUAACACUUGUUUUGCUGUAAACAUUUUGUAAAAUAGUAAUUAAGCAA